AUCAAACAGCAUUGGAUGAACCCCUCACUGAGCAAUGAAGAAAACCUGAAGCUCUUUGGGAAAUGCAACAACCCUAACGGGCAUGGGCACAACUAUAAAGUUGUCGUGACUGUACGUGGGGAGAUUGACCCUGUCUCAGGAAUGGUUAUAAACCUGACAGACCUGAAAGAGCAUAUGCAGGAGGCCAUCAUGAAGCCACUUGACCACAAGAACCUGGACAAGGAUGUGGAGUACUUUGCUGAUGUUGUGAGUACGACAGAGAAUGUCGCUGUCUUCAUCUGGGAAAACCUCCAGAAGCGCCUGCCCCCGGGGACUCUUUACAAGGUCAAGGUGUAUGAAACGGACCAGAACAUCGUCGUGUACAAGGGAGAAGAAACAACUCAUGAGAGAUGAAGCUGCAGCCUUGGCAUAGUCGAUCCUAAGCUUCUGGUGAAUAAUCAGAUCAGCAUAUCGGUGGAUUAUAUAAGUCCCCCCAUGCCGUGUGUGUGGCUUGUAGACAUUGAUUUUGUAGUGUUUAUUAAUAAGGACACCUAGACAUCUUUGGGGAGAAUUACUGCGGGAAGCUAAGGAGGCUUCCUGGUUGGUUCUGGGUUCUCAGAAUGUGCUGCCGUCUUUUUCUCAAGCAGAAGGCAGGGUUCAAAUCAGAGAUACAUAGCAUAAGGUUUUGUAAGCAACAGGCUUACUUCACUCAAAGCACACACAUGCACACAUAUAUAUGUACAUCAAGUAAACCAAGGCUGCUGCUUACAAAAGCAGAUGUUACACAUCUCUGAUUUAGUUAGUCUAAAAAAUGCAGAUCUACCCUGCCUUCUGCCUGACUUCAGACUACCAUGGCUAACUACCUCUGUCUCAAAACAUUUCAGUCCUGCAAACCCAAACCACCAAGGUUACAUGAGAUCCUCUGGGCCUUCAGUAAGGCAGUGCUGCUUUCUGGAAAUGGAGUGGACCAACUAUAUGUGCACCCUUUCCCCUGGCAAAAGGGGUUUAUCUUUUGCAAUUAAACCUUGUGGAAUCAGUGGCUCUGGGGAUAGUUUGUGUUGACAUGGCGAAUAAGAGGUAGGAUUUCCCUCUCUGUGCUGCAGACCUGCUCCUCCCUCUAGCUGCCAGCUCUCUCCUUUACAUGACAAGGGGCUAUGGGCAGGAGUGUGGCUGCCCAUGCAAACUGGUGGCUUUAAAUCACAGAAAGUCCCAGCAGAUUAGAGAAGCAGCCAACCGAGCAAAGGGAAUGGAGCCAGGCAAUGGUUGGGUUAGU